UCUUCCUCUCUCUCUUCCUCUCUCUCUGUCUCUCGUGGAGAUUUUACAAGCAUAUGCAUGCAGGCCCCUGCCACAAAGCGUGGGUGAACGCGGAGCGCAGAGUCAGUGAUUGUCUGGGAAUGAGGGAGCGAGUGAUGCCAUUUGGACGGUGCCAAGACCCAGCCAGAGUGACCGCUCCUCCUGCUGCUUCUGCUGCUGCUGGCGCACGAUUCGUCUGAAGCUCACCUUUAUUAAAAAAGGAGUUUCCAGGAGUUUCAUUGGCGAAAUAGCCUAGUAGAAGAAGAAAUACUGGCGGGAGAUAGUUGGUCGUAGAAGGUUGACCCGACCUCCACUUUAACAGCAGCGAUGCGAUUGAACUUUACCACCAGUUGGAUAUUUCAGGGUUGGAUCACCUUGUUCGUGUUGGCCCUUUACGCACAGAAAACCUUCGCUAAAUCCAUCCAGUGUGGGCUUAACCAGUACCAAAUCAAAGGAUCGAAGUGUUGUGACCUGUGUGGACCAGGUUUCCGAUUGAAUAUUGAGUGCAGCGGCUCAAAGGAAACCAAAUGUUUGAGGUGUAGUUCAGGUGAAUACCAGCCAGGAUGGACCCAGGAGAAGAAAUGUCUCCCGCUGAGUACCUGUGAUAAGGGAAAGGGCUUCAUGCCGCGGCCUGAGAACCCGCUGGCUGAGGAGCCGUGUAGAUGCCGGCCCGGCCUGCAGUGCUCGCUCAUCAACUGUGAGUACUGCGAGGCCGUGCCCACCUGCGGCCCCGGCUACGGACUGGAGCCUGACCUCGAGUCCACCACAGGGCGGAGGGCCUGUGCUCCCUGUAAGAGAGGCUUCUUUUCAAACGACGAGAACCAGGAACCAUGCACACAGUGGAUGAGCUGUAAGAGCCUGGGGAGAAGUGAGCUGCAGCCGGCCAGCCCCAAGAACGAUGCCGUCUGCGGACCCCUUGUCACGGGUGGGGCCACCUCCUGGGUGAUUGUGUCGGUGCUGUCCGUCAUCACCGUUCUCUCUCUGCUCAUACUGCUGCUCUUCUGCUAUAAGGACAAGCUGAAGCUGCUGUCUGUUAACCUGCGAUCGUGCAUUCAGAACCUGAAGAGAACGAGGAUCCAACAGGAAACCCUGGCCCCGCUCUACCACAGCGGAGCCCGGACAUUGGGGGCCGGGGCCACAGAGGUGGGCCCCGGGGAGGCCAACUACAUCAUGUGUGAGACCACCAAGCUCAUCUGCCAAGCUCCCCACUCGCUUCCCCCGGAGCCCCUGUACCCUGGUCUGACCCACAGCCCCUCCGACGACGCCAAAGUCUCCAUGCUCUGCACGGCUUGCACUGAGGUGUCCGACCAGGGACGGGAACAGGAAGUGAUGUCGCUGAGGAGGAAGCUGGCCGCCGAGGAAGGGAGCGAGCGGUCGGGAGAGCCCGAGGAGGUGUCCGACGACGAAGGAGGAGGGGAGGAGAAGGGGACGCAGGAGGAGGAGAAGGAGAAGGAGGUGGAGAAGGAGGAGGAGGUGGUGGUGGCGGGGGAAGGGCCCUCGCUGACGGCGGGCUCCUGCGUGUGCGUGGCGCCGGCCCGCGAGCCCCUGGAGGUGGGGGAGAACGAGGACUGCAGCCAGGCGGUCAGCCACGAGGCCCUCAGUGCCUGCUCCUGUGGUGGGAGGGGGCAGGGCAGAGGGAGGGACCACGAAGUGCCGAGGAGGAGAGAGGAGGGGUCGGAGGUCACGAGCAGAGCCAAGGGCGGCGGCGGCGGCGGUGAGAGCAGCGAAAGUUCGGGCUCCUCUCUCAUCCGCCCCAGUACCCCCACCGUAAGGGUCCCAUCCAGCCCAGUCCCCCCACAUACCCAGACCCAGACCAGGACCCGGCCGGAGCACAAACCCCACCCUUCUGAGAGGCCACACGUGCAAAGUCUAGAGACUAUUAGACUGACGAGCACGGACUCUGACUCAACGAAAACAAGCGCACCCUCCAAAGCGUUCGUCCCUUCAUCGCCCCCUAAACCCGUCCCCCUCCUGAUGUCCCCACUGCCCGCCGGAGACCUCUACCUAGGGAAGACCCACGAGGCCCCCAACACACCAGAGUGGAGCCAGGGAGUUUCCUGGGGGCCCAGUGGAGGGAAUAAGCUCCUCUCUGGGGGUCUGGAACUGGAGUGCCCCCCUGAGAGUCUCCAGAGUCAGCUGGCUGAACCAGCCCCUACCUCAGGUCAGGUGACCGGAAACCACAACACCACCUUCAUCUCCAACGGCCAGGUGAUGAACUUCAGCGGCGACGUCAUCGUCGUCUACGUCAGUCAGUCUUCGGUGGGGGAGGAGGAAGGGGCGGAGCCUGGCGCGGCCUUCGGCAGCCCCGUCCAGGAGCAGGCUAACGACUUGCUCCGGAGCUGCCAGCGCCAACACCAUGGGACGCCGGGGGACUCCAUUACCCAGAAUGCCUGCCAUGCUAGCACCCUGCCAGUCCAGGAAGUGAUGGCUGAUUGGUCGAGAGGGAAGUGAGGCAGGACUUAUGAUGGCCCUGACCCAGAUUUUAGUUUUCAGUUAUGAGAGAACUAUGUUUUAUUUUGUAAUGUUGAUGUCUUUCUGUCCUCAUCUUCAUCUUCCAAGGGGUUUUGGAAUAAGGGCUUUUUUUUUUCUUCUCCAGGAAAGUAAUUCUCUUUUGAUUCAUAAUCAUAUUUAUUAGUUUGUAAACUGAGACAUUGAAGCAAGGCUGUAUUCAUAUCCCCAAGGGUGCCUCUGCACUGAAGCUCAUAGCUCACACACACACACACACACACACACACACACACACACACACACACACACACACACACACACACACACACACACACACACACACUACGACCACCCCCGCGACCCACCCCACCCAUUAAACCCCACCUUAAGUACUUUUAGCUCCAGUCAGGAUGGCAUGUCAAAUCCAACAGACCAUACUCUCACACCUAAAAGCUGACUAACCAGUCCUGGGAGACAGCUCCAUACACACGUACUGCCAUUUCACUCGCAAAUCCCAAGACAAAGAAACCAUGCAUUAAAUCAUCCGAAGAAUGACAGUGGAUGACACUAGACUAUGGCAAUAUUGGGGUUGAAACCAGCCAAGCAAACACAUCAUACCAGUUAUGACUCAUAAAUAAUAUUGUGACUGAUGAGGAAUAAGCAACAAUUACUUCCUACGGUAAUCAUACUGCAUGGCUGAAUCCAGGUUUCCAAAUAAGGCUCGCUAAGUGUGCCAGGCAACUUCCGAAACAAACACAUCAGGAAGUUGAGAAACCGACAGCCUAUUGCAGCAUCAGCUCUUGCUCACCAAUGAAACAAUCCAUCAUGACACUUAGCUUCUUGGGAAAAACGUGUAUUCCACUCUGAUUGGGUGGUCAAGAUCAGGACAAUGUGUCAAGCAUUGAGUCCUACUUCUGUGGAGCCUGGCAUAAAAAAACAAAAAAACAAUUCAUACAUUCGAAAAUAAUGAUCACCCAUCAUGGAAGGCCCUUUUGCACUCAGGGGCCAAUGGCACUGGGCCAGGUGCCCAUAUGGUAGAUCUGAGUUUGCAUUGAAGCAUUAAACUGUAUCAGUGAUCUCGUCAUGGUAUCCGGCCCUGUUAUUGCAUGUUCCGAAAUAUCGAGUUUUUUUUUUUUGGAGAGUAGAGAAUCAUUAGGUUGCAAGGUAAUGAGGUAGACGGAGAAAAGAUGUAAAACGCAUCAACCUUGGACACUCAACACAUUGUCUCACCAUUUUCUUUCUACUGGCAAAUUUCUUUCAACAAAAACAGUAGUUGCCGAAACUUGAUCCAACCAAUUCUGAAGACAGUGCCAUUCCUUUUCCAGCCGAGAGUUUAACUUUUUUUUAACUUAUGAAAUCUCCCGUAAAUCCCCUAAAAACGAUGGGAAAGACUGAAAUAUUGGAUUGCUUUUUUUACCUUGUGGAAAUUAUGUGUGUAUCAUCUUAGAUUGGUCCAAACUGUCCCUUUUCAAAUCUGGAAAACAAGCAGGUGGAAUUUGCACAACCGCUGUAGCAAAAUGGCAGUUCCUUCGUCCAUUUUGAAUGCUUUGACCUAAAGUGGAUGUUAUACCGAUUUUACAAUAAACUUGUUAUUACUUUUUUAAAUAAUAAGUGGUUGAAUUCAAAGGAUAACCUAAGCUUAAUUGCGCGAUAUUAUGGGGAGUGAUUGUGUUAAGAAGUUCUCUUUUUCCUUUUCUUUCCUGGUAUGGGUUGUGGGAUUUUAGGCAUUUCACGGUUAAAAGACACGUCCAUUUUUGGUACGAUACUUAUUUAUCCUUUGUUUUUGGUUGAAGGUUGUUUUUUUGCUUCUUUAGUAUUGCACAACACGUGCAGUUUGGUUGAAAGAAAAAAAAAUGCUGUGCAUUUGUUAAUCUUUAUUACAACAUUUUUCCAUGUGUACGUAUCAAUGAAGAAAGUGAUAAUGUCAUCUCUAUUGUUCAAAAUAAUUGUUGUUCCAAGUAAAUUGUCGAUGAUUUGUUUCAAGAUGCUCAAAUGAUGCGUCGGUAGGCCUACAUAUUUUAUAAAACAAAAGUGCAUUAUGAUCGAGUGAAACCAAAGAUAACAUGUUCCGUAUGUGCCAUUGUGUCAAGUGUAUCAUGUGGUUAAGGGGCGCCAUUAAUGGCAGACAAAGCACGAUUGUCAAAAGUUAAAAGCGAGUGUUCAACCAAGGCACACGUAGCCCCUCAUUUUUUCAAAUCAAAAGCGCAAUAAAAUAUAUUUUGAUUAAAA